UUGAAGUUGACGGUAAUUCUUGUUGUUGGAAGCUUUGGUCCCCCUUUUGAACCUUCCGCUUCUUACAUAUUUCUUUCAUCUUGAGGGGGUCCAUCCAGCUCCUCGCCGCUGCUGGUUAAGGGAUUUUCGAAGCUUUUUUUGUUUUUUUUUUUUUGGGUUUUGAAUUCUAAGUGUCUUUGUAAAUGUGGAGCUCUGGAGAACCUGCUGAUUCUUACUACGAAGUCCGACCUGAGUGCACGGAUGUUCCCAAAUCCAAAUUCAAAAUCAGGGCUGGUAAAACAUUAAGUGUAAGGAAAUGGCAGAGUGCAUUUUCUCCAGAAGGGCUUCUAGAUAUAGGCAAGACUCUAAAUCGAAUCCAGCAUGGAGGGAUCCAUCCAUCAAUUAGAGGAGAAGUUUGGGAAUUUUUACUUGGUUGUUAUGAUGCAAAGAGUACAUAUGAGGAACGAGAAGAGAUACGCGAGCAAAGAAGGAUACAAUAUGCUAGGUUGAAGGAAGUGUGCUGUGAAAUAUUUCCUGUUGUUGGAAGCGGCCGGUUUAUUACAGCACCUGUUGUCACUGAAGAUGGUCAGCCCAUUCAGGAACCGUUAGUAGCUUUAGAGACAAAUCAAGACAAGGCUUCGGCUUCACCUUCUGAAGAUGGGAAUUCUGCUGAAGUUGCUGGUUCAUCAGAUGCAGAUAACAUUGUUGCUACUUCUGAAAUUGUGAAAGAGCUUACCAGUCAUGGUCCUUUGGACAAGAAAAUAAUCCAGUGGUUGCUUACUUUACAUCAAAUAGGUCUGGAUGUGGUUCGAACAGACAGGACAUUGGUUUUCUAUGAGAAGAAAGAAAACUUGUCAAAACUAUGGGAUAUUCUAGCUGUUUAUGCCUGGAUUGAUACUGAUGUUGGCUAUUGUCAAGGGAUGAGUGACCUUUGUUCCCCCAUGAUAAUGCUUCUUGAAGAUGAAGCUGAUGCAUUUUGGUGCUUUGAACGUCUGAUGCGUAGAUUGCGAGGAAAUUUCAGAUGCACUGACAGCUCUGUCGGGGUGGAGACACAACUUACUACUUUAGCUUCAGUUACUCAAGUUAUUGAUCCAAAACUACAUCAGCAUUUAGAUGCACUUGGUGGAGGUGAUUAUUUAUUUGCUUUUAGAAUGCUCAUGGUUUUAUUCCGCCGAGAAUUCUCUUUUUGCGACUCACUCUACCUCUGGGAGAUGAUGUGGGCCCUUGAAUAUGACCCUGACUUGUUCAUGAUGUAUGAAGAGGCUGAUUAUGACAAAGCUGAGGGAUCUAAAGGGAGAUCUAAGUCAAUACGCCAAUAUGGGAAGUACGAGAGGGAAAAUAUGAGGAGUGGGGGAGCAGAAGCCCCACUUCCCAUCUCUGUUUUCCUUGUUGCUAGUGUCUUGAAAGAUAAGAGUGCAAAGCUGUUGACAGAAGCUCGAGGCCUGGACGAUGUUGUUAAGAUACUGAAUGACAUGACUGGAAAUUUAGAUGCCAAAAAAGCAUGCACCGGCGCUAUGAAACUUCACAAGAAGUACUUAAAGAAGCAGGCCAAGAAGCCUUAGUAUAUGAUGAAAGACAUAAUUUUUCUCCCUCCUUUUUUGGGCUGUAGUCGAGACAUGCAUGAUGCUGCUACAUUGUGUCGUCUUGAUUUGGCAAAUGACAAUAAUCCACAAAUCUUUGGUUGAAGAUCACAGAAUUGUACAAUUCUCUCAAGCCUGCAAACUGGUCCUAGAGAAAGGAAAUUGUUGUGCGUUAAAAUUAGUCUUAAUUUUCCUCUUCUUCAUUAGUUGUGUAUCCAAAUUAAACGUCCUUAUUCUUUGGAAUUUCCUACGCAAUUCCAUGUUGUAUUACUUGUAUUGUUGUUUACAAUCAUCCAUUGAUAUCAAAUAGAAAGAAAACAAGUAUUUUGCUUGUUGUCAA